AUGAGCUUUACGAUUCUUAUAUAUUAUUAUCAGCAACAGCAAGAGAAUAUUCUGAACAGUAUAUGGGAAGAUAUUGAUAAAUUAUGGAAACUACAUUUGACUAAAACAACUACACCUAUUCCAAAAUACAGAAAAGCUAUUGAUUCUACUAAUAGUUAUAAUGAAUAUGCCAAAAGGACAAGAAAUUUACCAUUUGAAAUUUAUGAUCAGUGGUAUGAAGCAAGAAAAGAGCGUGAAGAAGUGAAUAAUGUAAUUAGAAAGGCAUCGAUAGAGCAGAGGGAUCGAGUUCUUGAAGAGCGUAUGAGAAGGCAACGAGCAUAUUAUAAACCAAUUAAAGAGCCCUUUGAUGAUAUGGCAGUGGUAGGGACACAAAUUUCUAAUAAGAUAGAUGAGAAAUUCGGUCAAAGUUUCGGUGAGGUAACUGAUAUUAUGAAUGAAAAGAUUCAAAUGAGGUAUGUGAGGUGUAAUUUGAUUGUUAGUAGUAAAGUAAUAAGUAUUUUGAUCCAAUGA